CCAAUCGACCCUGCGCUAUUGCCUUCCAGCUCUUGACCAGCUAACAAUAUCUACUGCUGCUGCUGCCGCUGUUGUUGUUGAGUGGCUCGGUUUCGGUUGGGAGUUGAAGUCGAGUGUGAAGUAACCCCGAAGUUUAGCAUUACCUGGUCUUAUCAGCCCCGAAAAAAAAGCCGAGCGCCAUUCCGCCUACAACUCAGUGCGCUUUGGGGCGUCGGCGUCGACAGAGGCAGUGAAAGCAGAGGCAGAGCAGUUAUUCUGUAUUUCUGUAUUUCUGGGGGCGCAAACGCGGCGCGAUCUCAAACCUCCGACGACUGGAGACCGGAGCGACAGGCACUCGUCCUCGAGAGAGCUGCGGGAAAUUCGUAAAUAAAAAAUAAAAUCACCCAACGACGUGGAUUUGCAUUAAUUGCAAAGUGAAUGUGUGAAGUGAAUGUGCGAGGAGAUCGUGUGAAACAUGAGCAUAUAAUUUGACAAGCCAACUCAAUCGAAUCACUUUGCUUACGGACACCAAUAGGAAAAGUUGCAAACCUGCUCCAAAUCACAUAAAAAAAAUUAAUUACACAAAAAUCCCUGCAAUAUGAGGAACCUGAUCCUGAACCUGAACCUAGUCUUGUGGAUUACGCUGAUCUUCAGCUGCAGCAUCCGGGCUUCAGUAGGAGCCACUAACGAAACAUACGAUGACGAGGACUGUCCUCCUUUGUUGAACACAAGCUUGCAGCAAUCCCAACUUAUCCAAAGAUUAACCCAUGUCUGCCGUUAUGAUCGGCUUGAGAGGCCAUAUGUUUACGAUCCAGUGACGGCCAAAAAGCUGCCCAUUGUGGUGAAAACGCGAAUCUAUGUGUACUUCCUGCAGAAUCUCAAUUCCGACCUGCUGCAGUUCAAGAUGCACGCCCUCCUGCAGCUGCAGUUCCAGGACAAACGUCUGGCCUUCAAGGACUUUGUGGACCCGCCCGCCGAAAAUAUCCUUGGCCAGAAGCACCUGAGCGAGCGCCUCUGGCUGCCGCACAUCUUCUUCGCCAACGAACGAGAGUCCAGUAUCCUGGGAACGGAUGAGAAGGACGUCCUGACUUCGCUGUCGCCCGAGGGAAACGUGAUUAUCUCCACCCGCAUGGAGGCGACCCUCUACUGCUGGAUGAACUUCAAGAAGUUCCCCUUCGAUCAGCAGUUCUGCUCCACGAUCCUGGAGAGCUGGAUGUACAACACCUCUGACUUGGUCCUGGAAUGGGAGCAGGUCAAACCCAUCUCCUUCGAUCCGGAAAUGAGACUGACGGAGUACAACAUGGCCAACUAUUGGCACAACACCACUGUGGUGGAGUCGGAUGGCAUCAACCUGCGCCAUGGAGCUUUCAUGGGUAACUACAGUUCGCUGAGCUUUACUGUCAAUCUGAAGCGUGAAAUUGGCUUCUAUCUGCUGGACUACUAUGUGCCCUCCAUGAUGAUCGUGGCCAUCUCUUGGGUGUCCUUUUGGCUGCAGGCGGAUGCCUCUCCUCCGCGUAUAAUGCUGGGAACCAGCACCAUGCUGUCGUUUAUCACCCUGUCCUCGUCGCAGAGCAAGACCCUGCCCAAGGUGAGCUACAUAAAGGUGUCGGAGGUGUGGUUCCUGGGCUGCACCUUCUUCAUCUUCGGCAGCCUGGUGGAGUUCGCCUUUGUGAACACGAUCUGGCGCCGCAAGGAGAACAUUGAGCUGAAGAAGGUCAACAGCAAGUACAUCAUCAAGUCCACUUUAACGCCGCGGCCUGCACGUCGCCAAAUUGGCGGCAGCCUGAGCAACGAUUCCAGGGCGAGAUCCUGUUCCAGUUUGGACAACAUUGUCUCAAGCACGGAGAGUGUUCGCAAUGGAAAUGGCAAUAUGAACCAGGGCUUUAACAACUACUUGACAGUUCAUCCCAAUUUACCGAUCAUCAAGACCGAGUGCGCCGACACCGUGUCCAUUUGCAGUGAGCGGACUACCAACGAUCACAUUGUGGACAUGGACAAGGAUAAGAAGGAUACGCCGCCCACAUUCACCACCAUGACUCCGCAGGAGAUCGCAAUGUGGAUCGAUAGGCGCUCCCGAUUCCUUUUCCCUGCGAUGUUCCUGGCCUUCAACGCCUUGUACUGGACCUUCGUCUAUGUUUUGUGAGCGACACUAGUUGCCUUUUAUGUGAAAUCUUGUCUAUUUGUGUAGUCCUGCUCACGCAAAUAAUUGUUGAAUUGUAAGAUGCAUCAUCUCAUAGCUGUACAAAUGUUAAUCAUUAAUAAAGCAAUAUUACCAGAUACAAAAUCGAAAUAAAUAUAUAUAAAUAAUUCGAUAACCAAAGUGUAAAAAUCG